AUGAUCCGCAGCUAUGAUCAGGCAGUCCGGAACUACCUUGAUGCCGGACACGCUGAGGAAGCCCCAGAACUGGGUGAGUCCCCGCAAGGGCCCAUUUAUUACAUGCCGCACCGAGGCGUUGUCCGGCCAGGUAGCGAAACAACAAAGUUGAGGGUCGUAUUUGAUGCGUCCUCCAAAGCAGCAGGGAAGCUAUCAUUGAACGACGUUCUCUACGCAGGACCCAACCUAAAUCCAAGUUUGUCAGACAUCCUGAUUCGAUUUCGUGUGCACAAUGUGGCCAUAAUGUCUGACAUAGAAAAGGCUUUCCUCCAAAUCGAGCUGGCUGAGAAGGAGCGUGACGCUCUCCGCUUUCUGUGGUAUCAAAGUACACCAAAGCAAGGCGAAAUUACUACCCCCAAUCAAAGAAUACCGGAUGACAAGGGUGCCAUUCGGCGCUACGUGCAGCCCGUUUCUCCUCGCGGCUACCUUGCGUCAUCAUCUGAAAGGUGUCGAGGAGAACUUUCCCCGCACCGCUAA